CACGGUAUGCCAGGUCCCACCCCCUCAGAGGCGGGGCUGAGGCUGAGCCCGGCCAGCCUCACUUCUCCAUCCCUCUGAGAACCCAGAUAGGGGCAGAGCUUGGGUAGGAGAGCCUGGCCCUGCUGUCCCCACCGGACGGAGGCACCAUGCCCUCAGUCCAUUUGUGCUCUUCAGCCAGGACACCAGACAUGGUCCAAACCCCUGCAGGGCUGACUGCAGCAACUCCCUGACACUCAGGAAGGCCCAGGCUGGGCAGGCAAUACCUGCUCCCGACAGCCAUGCAUGCCGGCUGCUGCUCCAAGACUCUCCUGUCUCCAGGACCAAGAUGAUGCCCAACAACACUGAGGAGGUGCCCAGCUCCAUUCCCAAGGGGGUUCUGGGGCUCUCCCUCGCCCUGGCAAGCCUCAUAGUCACCGCAAACCUGCUCCUGGCCCUGGGCAUCGCUUGGGACCGCCGCCUGCGCAGCCCACCUGCUGGCUGCUUCUUCCUGAGCCUGCUGCUGGCUGGGCUACUCACGGGUCUGGCGUUGCCCACGUUGCCAGGGCUGUGGAGCCAGAGUCACCGGGGUUACUGGUCCUGCCUCCUCCUCUACUUGGCUCCCAACUUCUCCUUCCUCUCUCUGCUCGCCAACCUCCUGCUGGUGCACAGGGAGCGCUACAUGGCAGUCCUGAGGCCCCUUCAGCCCCCUGGGAGCACACGGCUGGCCCUGCUCCUCACCUGGGCAGGCCCCCUGCUCUUUGCCAGUCUGCCUGCUCUGGGGUGGAACCACUGGACCCCUGGUGCCAAUUGCAGCUCCCAGGCUAUCUUCCCAGCCCCCUACCUCUACCUCGAAGUCUACGGGCUCCUGCUGCCCGCCGUGGGUGCUGCCGCCUUCCUCUCUGUCCGUGUGCUGGCCACUGCCCACCGCCAGCUGCAGGACAUACGGCGGCUGGAGCGGGCAGUGUGCCGCGAUGCACCCUCGGCCCUGGCCCGGGCCCUCACCUGGAGGCAGGCAAGGGCGCAGGCUGGAGCCAUGCUGCUCUUUGGGCUGUGCUGGGGGCCCUAUGUGGCCACGCUGCUCCUCUCAGUCCUGGCCUACGAGCAGCGCCCGCCGCUGGGGCCUGGAACUCUGUUGUCCCUCCUCUCCCUGGGAAGUGCCAGUGCAGCAGCUGUGCCUGUGGCCAUGGGGCUGGGCGACCAACGCUACACAGCCCCCUGGAGGGCAGCUGCCCAAAGGUGCCUGCAGAGCCUGUGGGGAAGAGCCUCCCGGGGCAGUCCCAGCCCUGGCACUGCCUAUCACGCAAGCAGCCAUAGCAGCGUCGACCUGGACUUGAACUAAAGGAAGGGCCUCUGCUGACUCCUACUAGAACAUCCGUCCAUCCCGGCCACCCAGCCUGUCUCCACGUCUCUACAUCAGAGCCCCUGCCUCUGUUUGGCCCCACACUGACUGAAUAAAAUUCCUCUGGCCGUUUA